AUGUCGUUUGAACUAUCAUAUAUUUUCACAAGUAUCGGAUUUUCAUCUACUCUUAUUGUCAACUCAUUUCUUGUCUAUUUAACAAUAUUUUACGUUAAAAACUUCAAAGGUGCAUACAAAAAUUUGGUGAUAUCAUUUUCAAUUCUUGGAAUUGUAUUUGCUAGCCUGAAAGUCGUUGCAAGACCUUUUAUUCAUAACUAUAACAAUUCGCUGAUAUUCUUCAGUUUGAAAACUUCUGCAUUUUCCUACAGCCUAUUGCAGUUUUCUAUUCUAUUCUGGGCCGGAUGUUAUGUUCUAAUUGUAUCUUCUAUUGCAACACAAUUCGUUUUUCGAUACCUCUACUUAUUCGAUGCAGGAAAUAAAAAACAAUUUGGUGGAGUAAAAGUUAUAAUCUGGGUUGGAUACCCAUUAUUACCAGGGAUAAUUUAUACAUUGUUGGUUUAUUAUUUAUGUGCUCCUGAUGAAUAUUCUGAUGAGUAUUUGAGAAAAGUUCUUCUCGAAAACUACUCGUUGGAUAUAUCAAAUCUUCCUAGAUUUACUAUCCUUCCCAUGUCCGCAGAAGGAUAUUUAAGAUAGAAAAGCUCGUUAUUUUUGAUUUCUGGAAUAUUUAUAAUCUCUUUCCAUUAUUUCAUCAUCAUCUACUGUGGCCUCAAAAUUUAUUACAACAUGAAAAUAGAGCUCGCCAAGUUCUCGCAGCUAAACCAAAAAUUCCAGAAGCAAAUUUUCAAGACUCUCGUUAUUCAAACUAUUGCGCCUACCGUACUAAUCUUCCUAUCAGCUAUUCCAAUUCUCUUGAGUCCAACUAUACCACCAUCUCUCGGAAUUCAAAUCAAUUGGCAAACAGGAUGGUUAUACGCGUUUGUUGGAUUAUACCCACCAUUUGAUAGUAUUACAUUCAUUCUUGUUGUCUCUGAGUAUAAGAAAAUAAUUAAACGUAUGCUAAUAAUUGUUUCAAAAAUGAUUGAAAAUGAAUUAAUUUUCCAGAAAACUUCCUAUGCCUCUUCGUGA